AUGGCCAGCAACGGCCUAGUCGACGGAGGGUCGCAGGAUAACGAGCAAUAUGGCUCAAAUCGGCCAGCUCGCGAGGAAGGAGGCCUGGGUAUAUCAUACCCGGCCCUGAUCCAGCGAUCUGAGUCCAGCCAACCGCUCGUUGCCAACGCAGCCCCAACUGCCGGUCCCUCCUCCCCGCCGUACGACACUGCGGCACAGUACGGACACCCCGAGUUCUGGAAUCCCCAGCUGUCCGGGCGCACACUGGGCGGCUUCUCCCCUACAAUGGGGUCACCGAAUGCAAUGCCUUCCGAGGGCGACUUGAAGGGGUCGGUCUACAACGCAUGGGACCGGGGCUCGAAGACGGCGAUAUACCGGACCCUAGAUGACGGCGGGGCGGCGACGGCGGCGGGGGGGCGAGAGCGGAGGAGCGAUUCCGACUCGAUCAGCCUGGACUCGCUGCAGAUGCAAGAUGACAGCCAACAGUAUUCCGGCGAGACCUUCAGCUCCGCCCGACAACUCGACCCGAGCGACUACGACAACUUCAAGAAACAGGCGCACGACCCGCCCCGUCCGUCGGGCGCACCAGCCGAUGUACGUGUUAGCCGCCUCAGCUGGCUGUCUGUCUGGCUUAUUAUACUUUCCGUCUACUCGACCAUCCUCAGCGGAAUGUGGCUCGGGGUGGCGAUCGCACAGCCGGGAUGGGGACACACGAUAUCAUCGGGUGGCUCAAUGGACCUGUCGACCGCCAACGUCUUGACAGCAAUCUUUGCCAAGACGAUCGAGCUGUCCUUCGUGACGGUGUUUGUGGCCUUCAUCGGCCAGGUGCUGACGAGGAGGGCCAUCGCCACCAACGCUGGUAUGACCAUGGCGGAGAUGACGAUGCGAACCUGGAUCACUCAACCUGGCUCUUUAUUGGCGAAUGGCCAGACUCUACGAUAUGCCGGGCACACUAUCCUUGGCAUCUUGACCCUGAUUGCAACCCUUGUUGCAAUGCUGUAUACCACAGCCUCCGACACAAUGAUCCGGCCUAAACUCCGAUUCAGCAGUUGGCAUGAUAGAUACCUGGAGAGCUACGUUGUGGCGUCUUACGCGAAUCCGGGAUACGCGGAAGAAUCAUGCUCGACUCCAAUUUCCACCGAUCUGGACACGAUUGCGGCCGGUGAAUCCUGCCUUGGCGUGCAGUAUUCCGGAGACUCAUAUCAAAACCUCCUUGCUUUCAUGACCACGUGGCGGGACAUCAAUUACAACGGCAGCACUGCGAGUCGCAACAUGGCCGAGCGACCCGCUGCUCAAGCCAUGCUUUAUGACAAUGUUACGAUGAUUGGCUCAUGGAUUGAGGCUCAAUUCUCGAACGCAGAAGAGAGUUUUAAAACACACGAUAGAGUCAUCAACAAUGUUUCGCUGGCAUUGCCGCAUCCAGGAGUCUACAAGGCGGCAACCAACGGUGAGAACGAGAUCCUCCAGCCCUCGGACCUCGACGGGCUCGCCUCUUACAACAUCUCUGCGAGCGUGAUAUCACCCGCAGUGAAUGUCCUCUGUGUAAACAUGAACAGGGAGGAGCUCGAACCUUUGGUCUACACAGCGUGGCCAAACGCAAAUAUCACGGAGAACAAGAGCGAACCCAAGCAAGAGACCGGCUGGGAAGAAUGGGAAGGCGACGUGCCGCAACCUUCCGAGGACGAAUGGCUCAACAGCACCGUCGUCGACGACAUCUUCCGCUGGGGCCCGCGCUACGUGCGGCGCCCGCCGGUCUUCCAGCUGUACCCCUACGACAACAACAUCAUAACCAACACCACGGUCCAGGCCCUCAACAGCAGCGUCCCCGCGGACGCGGUCUACCUGUUCGGCAAGAGCAGGCUGAUGGACGACUACACCCUCUGCGAGAUGCGCUCCUGGCCGGCCAUCCAGUGCAGCACGCAGUUCGACGUCUCUGGCGUCACGGGGAUGUCCAUGGAGGCGCAGUGCGCGCAGGAGGAGGACUUCUUCCCCGAGAACGCGCAGGACCACCCGGACCCGGACGCCUACGUCCGCCACAUGGGCGACGGCGAGAUCGGCACGAGCUGGGACUGGAAGGACAUGGUGGACGGCUGGCGGCGGGCGAUCGACCUGAACGGCGGCGUGACUAACAACAACGCCUCGAACGCGCGGAUCCUCACCGAGCUCGCCCUGGCCGAGCCCCGGCUCAACGACACGCUGCCCUCGAUGGCAGAGGCCCUGGCCGUGCUGGUCAGCAGCACGCUCGUCAUCGCGUCCGUUGAUUCCCCGUUCAUCCACUACUGGGAGUACAACUUGACGACGUGGCCCAACAUGACCGAAGCCAAUAUCCUGCCCGCCCCGGGCGCCCUGGCGUCCUUCCACGCCCGCGUGCGCACCCAGGAGUACGCCAGCUGGCACUCGUCCGACUGGCAGGGCAUCUUCUACCUCGUGCUUGCCUUCACCUUCCUGCUGAACCUUCUCUGCCUCGCCUACUUCUGCCGCGUCGGCCUCGUCAAGGACUUCCUCGAGCCGACGAACCUCUUCGCCCUGGCCACCUCCAGGCCGGGCCAGUCGCGCUCGCCGCGUCAGCAGGAGGAGGAGGCCGUGAUGGGCACCCCGCAGGUGGACAAGGAGAGGAAGAGGAAGACGGGCCUGGCCGUGCCGUACCGGCUGGCGUUCAAGGAGGAUGCUAAUCACUAUUAUUUCGAGGAGGCCGAAGAUGAGAAGGGAGCUGCCGGCGCGAGGGCUACGGCGCUCGAUGGCGAGGAUGACGCUGCCGGGAAGCGGAAGAGCUAUUACCGCCUUAGUAGUAGGAUAGGACUAUAA